AACUCUGUUCUAGAAUUAUCUGUAACAAAGUGAGUUUCACUGAACCACAGCGACACUUGCAAUUGUCUAUUUAACUGUUUUUCCGCAGUCUUAGCUUUUUUUAUUGCUAGUCUAUGAAAAAAAAGUAAAAUACGCCCAUUUUUUAAACCAUGACAUUAAGGUAUCAACCACUUUUUUUACCAAAAGCAACUGUUGUAUUCUCUCCACAAAGUGGCAACUCUACAUGCAAUAGCAUUAACCAGACUCCAAAUGGAAAAGUAUUUACCAACAUGCAGAGAAGGAACAUAGAAUGUGGGCUACCCACGCCAAAUGCUUUUGCUCCCAUGUUUUAUUCCAGAAGAAAAUUAUUAAGUAAAUUUCAAGCUGAAGAAGAUCAACCUUGCUCUGGUAACACAAUCCUGCUUACCAAGGAAAACAAGACCACCAAGUCAGCCAAUUUAGUGGAGGGAAAAGACAGUGUACCUGGCGUUUGUGGGACUGGUCUCCCACUGAACAGCUUUUUUCACCAGACAUCCCAUGCCUGUGGUCUGGAAUUUAAUUGUUCUGUCAAAAAGACAUUUCAUUCACCAGAAGAUAGGACUACUUCAGGAGGUGUCUUUGCAAAUGCUUUUUACAAGGACCAUUAUAAAGCUGCAAUGGAACAACUGGCAGCUCUUAACUUGUCGAACAAUACAAGGACACCAGAGCUCAAUUCAAAUAGCAAACAAAGGCCAUUUUAUUCCUGGAGUUAUAGAAAUCAUCAAGGCAGUAAUUCAGUGAGCAGAGACUUCAAAAAGCCUUUAAUAGAAGUAGCAUCAGGCUCCAAUGAUGCCCCUAUACACAUCAACACUAACCCACUUGUACAUUCUUUCAUGAAGACACAUCACUCAUUUUCUAAUCCUGAAGCUCAGAAGACCAUGUUAGAGAAUUACUGCAGAAAUGGAGAUGUUGACUUUUCCAAAAAGGCCAAUGAAGUCUGUGCAGCUGAUUCUUAUCCUACUACAGAUAGUAGUAGUGAUGACAUGUCUUCUGUCCUCAAAUGGAAUUUGAAGAAAGGAAAUAGCAAUGUAGAGCAAAAGUUUUCAACAGAAGAAAAGGAUAUGUGUGAAAGUGAGAAGAAAAAGAAAGCUUUGCUGAACUAUUUAAAAAAUGUAAAUAUUAACCUAAAACCUGAACCUAUAGAACAUAAGGAAGGAACUUCAUCUUCAGUUGACAGUAAUACUUUUUCAUACCCUGAUUUUCUUCCUCCACCUUACAAUACUUUGGAUUUACAAAAAAUAUCAAAGUGUGAUGACUGGAGAGCAUGCUUAAAUGCACCAGUUGAUGCACCCAUUGAAAAACUCAUUUCUCGUCUAGUAGAAAUGGAAAGGUUACAGCACUUGACAGUAUUAAGAGAAGGAACAAAGGAAACAGUUUCUCCCACUAUGGCUUUUAACAACCGUACUGGUUCUUCAAAGGAUGUAUACCCACUGAAACUACUAAAGCCAUCUAAUCUUUCUUGCCCUCAGACAACUUUUGAUGGAGAUCCCCAUAGUUUUGGCUGUUGUAUGCAUGAACCAAGUGUAUCAAAAUACGUUUGUCAACACUGUCACAGUAAGUGGAAUUCUGGAGCAUCAUCCUCUGUGCGUUCACCCACAAAGAACAUCCGAGCAUUCAGCAAUACCUGCAAGUGCCCCAAAGCUUCAGUUACAUUAGACUCAAGCAAUGUAGUUACACAGAGGUCUCUAUCCUGCCCUGGAAGUUCAUCUAAAAUUCAACCAGGUAUCAAAACAACUUAUCCAAAAUCACUCUCACCCAGCACAACUGUAGCUUCUUCAUUACCAGACAAUGAAAGUACAAAAUCCAAACAGCAAAGAACAAAAAGAAAAUCUUGUAGAAAAAAUGGAGCUUUAAUGAGCAAACCCUUCCAUGCUCAGAGAUUAAAAUCUCUCUCAUUUACUUCAAAGCAAAACUGCUCCCAUAUAGACCAUCAAUGGGCUGUUGAAUGAAGUCACUAACCAUUAAUUAUUAAUACUUGAGCAAACAGAAUGAGCAAUAACACUUUGGAAAGCUACAUUCAGUUUUUAAUUUGUAUUAUACAAAAGUAUCAGAUUUUAUGGAGUUUUUCAUAUAAGAUUUAAAAAGUGAUCACAAAUUACUUGUACCUUUCUAUCAGAUAAUAGUAAUUACAAUUACUGUAUUUUUUAAACAUAAUGUAUAUAUAUAUAUUUUAAAAAACAAAGCAGCAGUAAGCAAGUCUAUUCAAAGCUACUUUGAAUUAAAAAAUAGUGAUGUGGAACCACAUUUUGCAUUCAUUCUCUGUUCACUGGUCUUAUUCUUGAUUCCUUAUGAGCAAGAAAGCUAAAAAGAGAUUCUCUUUCUAAAGACUACCAUCUUUGGAAGAUAUAUGCCGGGGGAAAUCAGCAUGUGUUUGCUCUUGCCAUCAUGCUCUAUUUGAAAGGCCACCUGGCUUACUAGCUGGAAACACAGUGCUAGACCAUAAAACCAUUUGAAAUAGACUGGUCUGAGUUCAGUUCUGUAUUUAAUUUGUAUAAUAAACUGCUUCUGAAAUCCAUCUGCAUUUCAAAGAAAAAUGUAAUGCAGUACAGAAGUAUUGCCAAGACAGUACAUUAAGUAUAGUAUUAACUGUAUGUAUGACUUAUUUAACCUGAGCUACUAGAAUAGCAUGAAGAAAAAAAUUCUUCACCUAUGCAUAUUGAUAGGCAGGUAAUCAGUGCUAAUAAAAGCUUUCCUUCUUAUUGGAGAUGGGAAUCACAUAUGCCAACAAUCCCACCACUAUGCAGUCUACCAACACAUUGCUUUUAUCAAUACUGUCUGGUUCUGAAAAUCCUAUCAUACACUUCACCUACCACAUAAAAAAGAUUUCUAUGUUGGAUCCAGAAUGGUUCUGUGAAUUGCGGGGCUCUUCCUUUUCUACAGAAAGUACAGGGUUCAACUGAAGCUCUUGCUGAAGAGGAAUAGAAGGACACAGUCUUCCUCCCUCCUACACUCCUUUUUAUGCUGUGCUGGAAAAUCCUCCCGGCCUGUCACAAGAGAAUGACGAGAGUUCAUUUUUCUUAACCAUUUUCUCUAGCAUAUUAGUCACCUGCCAUGAAAAAGAUAGUUCAGUGAAGCAUGAACUGUGCAUACUUGGUGCCCAGAGAAUGCCCUAGUGGCAAGAGGGAAGUCGUGGUGGUGUCUGAACCCUUAAUAGCAACCUUGCACCCUUGAAUAAUACUGCAGGACCCUAGAUAUGUAAGAUUAAACAUCUAAGUAUUAGGAUAUAUUGCUUAAAGAAACUGCACAGGGUGAUAGGAAAAGAAACCAAAUUACUUUAUUAUUUUUUGCUGUUUUAUCUAUGUUCCUACAGAGGAAAUAACAGACUUAAGCCAUUAGGAGAUUGUUUUUCUUUCUUCAAUAAUUAUUUCUGGGACAGGAGAAUAUUAAAACAUGCAGUUCCACUCAGCUUGAGGUUACAGUUGAGGAAAAAGGUUACCAUCUGUGCUGACUGCUCAAA